AUGGAUCCCUCACAGCCAACGCAGUCUAGCACUCUGAGCGAGGCCAAAUAUAUCAACUUCCCAUCUUUGCCCACAGAUGCGAAGCAUCCGGAUGGCUCCCCCGCACUCAACCGUCACUCCCACACUAUCACUAAGGGCCAUGAUUUCCCCGGAGCACGGGCUAUGCUCUAUGCCGCCGGUGUCCCUGAUAAGGAAGCCAUGGCGAAGAGCCCGCAUGUCGGUAUCGCCUCAGUAUGGUGGGAAGGAAACCCAUGCAACAUGCACUUGAUGGACUUGGCCAAGACCGUCAAGAAGUCAGUUAUGGAACAGGGCAUGCUUGGUUGGCAGUACAACACGAUUGGUGUUUCGGAUGCAAUCACCAUGGGCAGCGAAGGAAUGAGAUUCUCCCUCCAAACCCGAGAGGUCAUCGCUGAUAGUGUCGAGACUGUGACUUGUGCGCAAUACCACGAUGCCUGUAUUGCUAUCCCAGGCUGCGACAAGAACAUGCCCGGUGUUGUGAUGGGUAUGGCUCGCCACAACCGUCCAUCCAUUAUGAUCUACGGUGGAACUAUUGGAAUUGGCUACUCUGAGCACCUGCGGAAACCUAUUAAUGUCUCAACAUGCUUUGAGGCAGCGGGUGCCUACGCCUACGGUACCCUGCGCCAGCCCGACGAUGGUGGUGACCAAACCAAAACCCAAGACGAGAUCAUGGAUGACUUGGAACGGCAUGCUUGCCCUGGUGCCGGUGCCUGCGGUGGUAUGUUCACAGCAAACACCAUGGCCACGGCCAUCGAGUCGAUGGGUCUCUCGCUACCAGGCUCAUCUUCUACGCCUGCUGAAUCGCCAUCCAAGAUGCGCGAAUGUGUUCGUGCUGCAGAGGCAAUCAAAGUCUGCUUGGAGAAGAACAUUCGGCCCCGAGACUUGCUGACCAAGCGGUCGUUUGAGAAUGCUCUUGUCAUGACUAUGGCACUGGGCGGAAGCACCAACGGUGUUCUCCACUUCUUGGCGAUGGCUCGGACAGCCGGUGUUGACCUGACCCUGGAUGAUAUCCAGCGGGUUAGCAACAAGAUUCCCUUCAUUGCCAACCUGUCCCCCAGUGGUAAAUACUACAUGGCGGAUCUAUAUGAGAUCGGCGGUGUCCCAUCAGUCCAGAAGCUGCUGAUUGCAGCCGGUCUGUUGGAUGGAGAUAUCCCCACUGUGACGGGCAAGACAUUGGCCGAGAACGUUGCCUCGUUCCCCUCACUCUCUGAGGGACAGGAUCUUAUCCGCCCAUUGGACAACCCAAUCAAGGCGACCGGCCACUUGCAGAUUCUACGUGGCAAUCUUGCACCAGGCGGUGCAGUUGCCAAGAUCACAGGCAAGGAGGGGUUGCGGUUCACUGGCAAGGCCCGUGUCUUUGACAAAGAGCACCGGCUCAAUGAUGCUUUGAACGAGGGCCGCAUCCCCCGCGGCGAGAACCUCGUGAUCAUCGUGCGUUAUGAGGGCCCUAAGGGUGGACCUGGAAUGCCGGAACAGCUAAAGGCCAGUGCCGCACUGAUGGGAGCCAAACUCACGAAUGUCGCUCUCAUUACUGACGGACGGUACUCGGGUGCCAGCCAUGGUUUCAUUGUCGGCCAUAUUGUGCCCGAAGCCGCUGUGGGUGGCCCGAUUGCGCUCGUUCGCGAUGGAGAUAUCGUCACCAUCGAUGCUGAGACAAAUUCGCUCUCGAUGGAUGUCUCGGAUGAGGAACUUGCGGAAAGACGACGUCAGUGGACACCUCCCUCACCGCAGAUUACUCGUGGUGUGUUGGCCAAGUACGCCCGAUUGGUCAGUGAUGCAUCGCAGGGAGCCAUGACCGAUCUGUUUUAA